AUGGCUCAAUCAAACGACGCCGAUCGGGUCACGGCGAUUCUAGCUAGCCCUAGCGUGGAUGAUCUAGAACAAGGAAACGAGAAUAUCCAGCGAAAUAGCCCAUUGGAUCCUGCGGAAUGGAGCGAGGUAGGCGAGCAGCCGCAUUUUAAAGAAACGCAAUCGAAAAGAAACAUUUCACUAAAAUUCCAACAGAGAAAGAAAAUGUGCGUGGUCUUCGUUGGCCUUCUUACAUUAUUUAACAGCGUUUUUGAUUCAACGAUACCAAGUGGUGGCAUUCGUUCCAUAUUUGCUUUUUUCAACGUCGAAAUUUUCGGACCCAUGAGCGAGGUCUACGGCCGACGAGUGGUGAUGGUGGGAACUUUCAUCCUAUUUACGGUAUUCACACUGGCCUGCGCGCUUUCGACGAACUGGGCUGCAUUUUUGAUUUUUCGAACCAUUGUCGGAAUCUGUGCAUCUUGUCCCAUCGCAGUCACUGGAGGUUUAUUUUCUGAUGUCUACCAAACCCCACUCGCAAGAGGGAGAAUGAUGGCACUUUCAAUGGCAGUGACGACUGCAGGUCCUCAAUUUGCCCCGAUGAUCUCAGGAUUUCUUGCCCAGGUUGGCUGGAGGUGGAUUUUCUGGGUCUCGCUGAUUCUUGCGGCCGUUACCCUCGGACCAGUCUUAUAUCUACCAGAGACAUUCGCGCCAAUUCUCAAGCAAGCCAAUCGCCCGAAAAAGCGAGUUGAGGGCAUUUUAGUCAAGGCUUUUACGAGGCCCGUGUAUAUGAUAUUUUGCGAACCAAUCAUAUCUUUGACGUGCUUGUACUUAUCAUAUGCAAUCAUGUAUUUUGAGGCAUAUCCCUUGAUAUUUCAGGGAAUAUACGGAAUGAGCGACGGGAUAGCCGGUCUUGCGUUUCUUCCCAUUGCCGUCGGAGCCGCAAUCGGGAUGAUAAUAUUCCUGUGGUACGACUCAUUUCUUUACCGCGCAAAGUCCCAAAAUGCAGAAUGGGCUUUCAUUGAGGAAUACCAACGACUACCACUUGCAUGUCUUGGGGGACCCCUUUACGUUUUAGCUUUGUUCUGGCUCGGCUGGACUGCCUCUGCCGAGAUCCAUUGGAUUGUACCGAUGCUAGCUGGGAUACCUUUCGGCAUGGGUUUCUUCCUGAUAUUCGUGGCGUUGAUUAAUUAUUUAAUCGAUGCCUAUCAUAAAUACGCUGCAAGCGCCAUGGCAGCUGCUAGCACAUGUCGCUCUAUAUUUGGAGCCAUCUUGCCUCUAGCUGCUAGUCCCAUGUUCCAUCGCCUUGGAGUUAAUUGGGGGACGAGCUUACUGGGAUUUUUGAGUCUGCUUAUGACUUUCAUUCCCUUUGUAUUUAUUCGCUAUGGCGAGAGAAUUCGGAGAAGGAGCACCUUUCGACAGGAGCUUGAAAAGGAAUGA